CGCCAUCCCCGAAGUCCCCGACGGUCUCCUAAACACCACCCCACCAACAUCCCAAUCCACCCUACAAGUCCAAUACGGCAACAACCACGCCGCCUCCCAAAUACCCUCACGACUCGCAUCUACAAUGACGACCUUCAAAUCUUUCAAGCCCUCCAAACUCCCCAGAAUCUCCCACGCUUUCUCCCAAUUCGCAGAAUCCUCAGGGUAGGCUAGGGCGUUGGACUGUCCGGCGCGGCGGUAGUAAGGCAAAGCGCGGAUGGUCCAGCGGAGGCGGAGAGUUCGGAUAUGAGACAGGGUGCAGAAAGGGACGCGAGUGGGGAGGUAAAGGAGAUGAGUUAUAUGCAGGAGAGAAAAGUAUUUGGGAAUACGCACAUCCUCCAGCACACUCUCAACAUCUUUGUACUCGACCCCUCUAGCCGCGCACUCUGUGACUUCCCGCCUACCAGAACUUUGCACCGGCAUAAUUCCCCGUUCUCUGCGGUGUCAUGGCUUGAUGAAAACUCAUCGCUCUCAGAUUCAUCGCGACACAAAAAAUGCGCGAAUCGUUUCUUCGCGCCAAGCGUCAAAUGCACAGUCUCCUCGCCCAUGACAUAUGCAUACACCAUAUUCCUCACCUCCGGCGGGAGCUUGCUGAAGAACAAACUUUGACUCUGCAGAUGCACACGCGGUUCAAUUCCGUCGACGUCAUCGGAGAGGGAAAGUGCAGAGCGCUUGCGGUGGCGGUUGUGACGGAAACUUGUCGAGUGGUAGGACCUGUUGCCUGAUUGGAGCGUAUUUGAUGUAGAAGAAUCCAGAACAGAGAAUUUCGAGAGGACUUUUGGGAGAUGGAGAAGGGAUGUGGUGAUGGAUUUGGGUUUUUGAGGGGAAGAAGAAGCGUGAUCGAUGUCGUGUGGCGUCCAGCGUAUGGUUGGGGUAUGUGGGAGGAGACCGAGGAGUUUGUUAUGCAUUGUCAUUCUGACUGGAGG